AUGGAGAAUGAUAGCUCCCCGGUUUUAUUUGAACGUAACAUAGAGGACAACGGAACAGCAACGGAGGAAUGCGCGAUUGGUUCAAACCCAGUUUCACCUAAUUCAAAUGAUUCACUGAUACCUGAGAAAAAAGAUCAGCAGGAUUCAAAAACUGACCAGAAACCUUUGAAAAGCUCAGAUGUAAGCUUGAAUUUGAGUGAUGAUGUCAACGGAGACCCAGUUUGGCUGCAAAUCGAUGAAGAAACUGUCUUAAAAGUCGAAGAGCAUCGUGAAAUGGGAUGGAAACAAGAGUUUGUCGAAAGGGUAAAGAGAGCAUGCAUCCUCGGUAUAGGAGGAGUGAUUUUCGUUCCUAUUAUCACUGGUGAGACACUUCUUUAAAAAAAUUGUUUUUUCUUAUACUUUCAAAUACUAAUUUAGGAAUUCUUUAGUUCUUGGUCACAAACUGAAGCUAAUUUGACCGACUGUCGAAAAACCAGAAGAACGAGCAAAAAAAGUUGCUCUAUUCCGUAAAUUUCAGAAGCACAUUAAAUUUUUUCAUAAUCAGAAAAAUCAUAUACAACUUUAAUCUGAAACGUGACAAAUUUUACUCUAACAGCAGCUGGCGCAGUCAGCCCUCCUGUUCUCCUUGCACAAAAGUGGACGAACGGACGAGAAAAAGGUAGAUACUCUACCAUUGGCUUGGGCGUUUUGGUUGGGACACUAUUUCUCCCGAUAUUGGCACCUUGGGGUAUCUACGAGCUGUUUAAACGUUUUUAUACAAUAUUACCGAAGAAAGUUGAUUAUUGGAUAAAUCGUUGGAACGGCGAUGGCACAAGCCCCCUUGGGAAACACCACUAUGAAAAUGGCUCAGUAGAGUUCAAAAUUCCAGAAAGCAUUGUUAUUAACACUUAUCGGGCUCAAGUCUACAGUCCUGAUCUAGGAGCUCCGAGCACAAGUCAGCUUGUGACACCCGAUAGUCACAUAAAUGUGGAUUGGUCAAAUGUUAGCGACCAAGAAGAUGUAAACGAAGCCCAAGUAGAACGAGUCAAGGCGUUUUUAGAGGGAUUAGAAUACAACAUCGGGCAUUUCGACAAGGUGGAAGAAUAUUACCGAGAAUGCUGGUUGAAUGAAGGACAGGAAGUUUUAUCUGACGUAGAAGAUGACGACGGGCGCCUUGACACUCAGCUGUUAUGUGUCAGAAAAGUUGUGUCCGACACUUUUGUCAAUGCAAAAACAGCUGAAGUAGAUUUUAAUAUGUGCGAAUUUGCCGCCGGCCUCUGCAGUAAUAGGUGUUUAAUUAAUCAAAGACCUCAUGAAGUGAGUCAAGCAUCAAGAGGAAAAGAUACUGAUGGAACUUUAAAAGGCGGAAAAUCUCCAGGCAAUUUAGAAGAGAACUUUUCCGAAGCUCAGAUAACAACACAAGUAUCGGACAAAAGUUGUGCUCCUCUGAGUGAAGAUGUCGAGGGCCUUCCUGAAAUGAGACCAAAAGAUCAAGUAUCAGAUGGCAGCGGUGCUCCCUUGUGCACUGAUACAAAGGACCUCCCUGAAAAGGGACCUAAAAAGAAGGCCAAACGAAGACGCAGAAAGCGAACUGGCGAGCAAGUGUCGACAAAAAAUCACACCAGUUCUACGACAGGCGAAGAUAAUGACAUAUCGCAUUCAAACCCUACGACACCGCUCUUACAGCAAGAGGACAAAGAAGCAGAGAGAGCCACUGAAGUCCAAGAGGACAAAGAGAUAACACCUGAAAAGAAGCUUGGAAAAACUGGAAAUGCAGCCCGAGAAACCAACACUCCUUCCGCAAACCAGUUGGUGAGAAAAAAUGAAAUGUCUGAAAUACUCAGAAUUAACGGGCAGUUUGAACUAAAGCCGAGCGAUGAACCAAAGCGCUGUCUUUACAUGGCUCACUUUAAUCACAUUGAUUAA